AAUGUCCAACUGGGGGUCUGCCGAGACCGGAUCAAAGGAGCCACCGCUGGACGGGAAUCUAAGAUGAAGUUAUGGGAUAUUGUGGCUGUCUGCCUGGUACUGCUCCACACUGUGUCCGCCUUCCCGCUGCCUGCUGGUAAGAAGCAUCCCGGAGGGCCAGAAGAAGAGUACUCCCCCAGCCGACUGGCUCCUUAUGCUGUGAGAAGUGACUCAAAUAUGCCGGAGUAUUAUCCUGACCAGUUGGAUGAUGUUGUGGAUUUUAUUCACAACACAAUCAAAAGACUGAAAAGGUCACCAGACAAACAAGCAGAAGUGUUUCCUCGGCGGGAGAGGAACAGACAGGCUGGAGCAACCAAUGCAGAUAGAAAAAGGCAGAGAGGACAGAGGGGCAGGAACCGGGGCUGUGUCUUAACCGCCAUACAUUUAAAUGUGACUGACUUGGGUUUGGGAUAUGAAACCAAAGAAGAACUGAUUUUUCGAUAUUGCAGCGGAUCUUGUGAUGCAGCUGAGACCACAUACGACAAAAUAUUAAAAAACUUAACCAAAAAGAAAAGGCUAAUGAGUGACAAAGUCGGGCAGGCCUGUUGUCGGCCCACUGCUUUUGACGAUGAUCUGUCAUUUUUAGACGAUAACUUGGUUUACCACAUACUGAAAAAACAUUCCGCUAAAAGGUGUGGAUGUAUCUGA